AUCUCUAUAAUUAAGACAAAAGAGUAAUAAGUUGAAGCAAUGACUGGUUCUCCUAAAAAUAAUAACUUUCGUCCCUUGGCUAAUUAUCACCCAUCUGUUUGGGGAUAUCAUUUCCUUUCUUAUACUCCUCAACUCACGGAAAUUACUACCCAAGAAAAACAUGAACUUGAUGAGUUAAAAGAGAUUACAAGGAAAAUGUUGGUGGAAACUCCUGACAAUAGUACAAAAAAACUUGUGUUGAUAGAUGCACUCCAACGAUUGGGAGUAGCAUAUCAUUUUCCUAUGGAGAUCGAGACAUCCCUUCAGAACAUUUUUGAUGUGUCCCAACUAUUAAGUGAGAAUAAUGUUGAUGACAACCUUUACAUUGUUUCUCUUCGUUUCCGACUUGUGAGGCAACAAGGCCAUUACAUGUUUUCUGCUGUCUUCAAGAAAUUCACAAAUCAAGAUGGAAAAUUCAAGGAAACCCUUACUAAUGAUGUCCAAGGAUUAUUAAGUUUGUAUGAAGCAACACAUCUGAGAGUGCGCGACGAAGAGAUUCUUGAAGAAGCUCUAACAUUUGCCACCACUCAUCUCGAGUCCAUUGUGGCUUCCAACUUGAGCAAUAACUUACUUAAAGAUCAAGUGACUGAAGCCUUAAGCCAGCCUAUUCGCAAGACUUUACCAAGGGUGGGAGCUAGGAAGUACAUAUCCACUUACGAAAACUAUGAUGCACAUGACGAUUUGCUUUUGAGAUUUGCAAAAUUGGAUUUUGACUCUCUGCAAAAACUUCAUCAGAGAGAGCUUAGCGAGCUUACAAGGUGGUGGAAAGAUUUAGAUUUUGCAAAUAAAUAUCCAUAUGCAAGAGAUAGAUUGGUUGAGUGUUACUUUUGGAUUUUAGGAGUGUAUUUUGAGCCUCAGAAUAGUCGUGCCAGAAAAAUGAUGACAAAAGUACUCAAGAUGGCCUCCAUCAUUGAUGACACUUUUGAUGCUUAUGCAAUCUUUGACGAACUUGUGCCUUUCAACAAUGCGAUUCAGAGAUGGGACACAAAUGCGAUUGAUUCAGUACCAUCAUAUCUAAGACCUGCUUAUCGAGCCCUUCUAGAUGUAUACAGUGAAAUGGAAGAAGUGUUGGCCAAAGAAUGCAAAUUGGACCGUGUAUACUAUGCAAAAUAUGAGAUGAAAAAGUUGGUGAGAGCUUAUUUUAAGGAAGCCCAAUGGUUGAAUGAUGACUAUACUCCAAAAUUUGAGGAGCAUAUAGAGACUGCACUCGUAACUGGUUCCUAUAUGAUGGGAGCAACAACUAGCUUGGUCGGUAUGAUGGAAUUUAUAUCGAGAGAAACUUUUGAAUGGUUAAAGAAUGAGCCAUUGAUAGUUCGAGCUGCCUCUUUGAUUAGCAGAGUAAUGGACGAUAUUGUUGGACAUGAAAUUGAGAAAAAAAAAAAAAAACACGUGGCAUCAGUUAUUGAUUGCUACAUGAAAGAUGAAGAUUAUGGAGUUUCAAUGCAAGAGGCGUAUGCUAAAUUUGAGAAAGAAGUGACCAAUGGAUGGAAGGACAUAUUUCGUCCAACCGAAGCUCCAACCUUCGUCCUUGAAAGAGUUCUAAAUUCGCGCGUGAUUGACACGUUAUAUAAAAAUGAAGAUGGAUACACAAACUCUAAAGGCAAAGUUAAAAACAUGAUUAACUUAUUACUGGUUGAAUCUAUAAAAAAUUGAUGAAAUUGCACCUUCAAUCAAGUGUUCCUCGGAAUGUUUGAAAUAAAACC